AUGGCUGUGGAAGGUGAUCAGGGUAGAGAGUUUGUGCAGAAGGGUAUUGAAGGAGGAGCAGGAGCUGGCCUGACACGCCAGGAGGGUGUCUCGGGACAGGAGCAGCCUGUUGCGAAACGUGGCACACGGAUUGCGGUUGUGCACCACCGUGCCUGGUUUGUGCAAAGUUCUCUUGUGUUCUUUUCCAGAGAUAAGGGUGGAGGAUCCGGGGAGGAGCAACUCUGUGCCGACUUUCCAGAGCUCGACCUGUCCCAGUUGGACACCAGUGACUUCGAUUCAGCCACCUGCUUCGGGGGGUUGCAGUGGUGCCCAGAGAACUCAGAGACUGAGCCCAGCCAGUACAGCCCAGACGACUGCGAGCUCUUCCAGAUCGACAGUGAGAAUGAGGCGCUCCUGGCGGCCCUCACCAAGACCCUGGACGACAUCCCCGAGGAUGACAUGGGGCUGGCCGCCUUCUCGGCCCUGGAUGAAGGAGACACGCCGUCCUGCACGUCGGCCUCACCCGCACCCUUGUCUGCACCGCCCAGCCCGACCCCAGAGGCUCUGGCCCCAGCCUCGGAGGUUGAUGAGCUUUCCCUGCUGCAGAAGCUCCUCCUGGCCACAUCCUCCCCACCAUCAAGCUCUGACACUCAGAAGGAGGGGACCGCUUGGCGUCAGGCUGGCCUCAGGUCCAGAAGUCAACGGCCGUGGGUCAAGAUGGACAGCGCCCAAGACAAGAAGGCCCUUGUGCCACAGUCUCAGAGCCGGAGUUGUACAGAACUACAUAAGCACCUCACUUCGGUGCCUUCCUGCCCCCGGGCGAAAGCCUGUUCCCCAGAGAGGGGCCUGCAACUUCUGAGUCCCCAGCUGCUUGCCGAGGAGGACAAACUGCCCAGGGAGGACUGUGCGAGCCCCCAGCCAGCUCCAGCCUCUCACCCGGCCGCUGUGACACUGGGGAGAGCAAGCCCCUACGCCCAGGCCACCCAGGAGGACAUGCAGGCCAUGGUGCAGCUCAUCCGCUACAUGCACACCUACUGCCUCCCCCAGAGGAAGCUGCCCCCGCAGCCCCCUGAGCCGGUGCCCCAGCCCCGUGGCAGCCCCUCCAGGCAGGUCCGGCCCAGGCCUCGGCACCCCUCCAAACCCUCCUGGGCUGAGUUCUCCAUCUUGAGAGAGCUUCUGGCUCAAGAUGUCCUCUGUGAUGUCAGCAAACCCUACCGCCUGGCCAUGCCUGUCUAUGCCUCUCUCACACCCCAGUCAAGGCCCAGGCUCCCCAAAGACAGCCGGGCCUCCCCUGCUCACCCAGUGCCAGUGGAGGAGGUGAGGAUCGCAGCUUCCCCCAGGAGCUCAGGGCCCCGGCCGAGCCUGCGUCCACUGAGGCUGCAGGUGAAAGGGGACGUCAGCCAGCCUGCCAGGCCACAGCAGCAGGCAGAAGAGGAGGAGGAGGACGAAGGAGAGGAGGAUGAAGACAAAGAAGAGGAAGAAGAAAAAGAAGAGGAGGAGGAGGAGGAGUGGGGCAGGAAAAGGCCAGGCCGAGGUCUGCCAUGGACCAAGCUGGGGAAGAAGCCGGAGGGCUCUGUGUGCCCUGUGCGGCGCUCUCGGAGACUGAACCCUGAACUGGGCCCCUGGCUGACGUUCUCUGAUGAGUUGCUGGCCCCCUCAGAGCCCCAAGGUGCUCUGUCCUCACUGCGCCUGCCUCCCAAGGCCUGCGACAUGGAGGGACAGCUGGGCAGCCCCGCGGACGAGGACAGUACCCAUGACCAGCAGCUCCUACGGGGACCCCAGAUCCCUGCCCUGGAGAGUCCCUGCGAGAGUGGGUGUGGGGACACGGAUGAGGACCCCAGCUGCCCACAGCUCCCUUCCAGAGACUCUUCAAGGUGCCUCAUGCUGGCCUUAUCACAAAGCAACCCCCCUUUUGGCAAGAAGAGCUUUGAACAGACCCUGACAGUGGAGCUCUGUGGCACAGCAGGACUCACACCCCCUACCACGCCUCCCUACAAGCCCACAGAGGAGGAUCCCUUCAAGCCAGACAUCAAGCACAGCCCAGGCCAGGAGACUGCUCCCGGCCGCCCCUCCCCCGAGGCCCUCCAGCUCAUGGCUGCCCCAGGAGCUGCCCAUAAGCUGCCUAAGAAGCUCUCAGAAAGGAGUGCGCUCCUGUCCCACCUGCAGCAUGUCCCAACUCGGCCAGCCUCCCAGGCUGGCCAGAAGCGCCCCUUCUCCUGUUCCUUUGGAGACCAUGACUACUGCCAGGUGCUCAGGCCGGAGGACGCCCUGCAGAGGAAGGUGCUGAGGUCCUGGGAGCCAUCUGGGGACCAGCUCCAGCAAGGUACCCCAUCAUGGGCAGAGACGCAGGCCCCUGGGAAGGAAGAGAACCCAAGCUGUGACGUCUGUCAGCCACCCAAGGACAGUGUGCAGCUGAGAGACCACGAGAUCCGUGCCAGCCUCACCAAGCACUUUGGGAUGCUGGAGGCUGCCCUGGAGGAUGAAGACCUGGCCUCGUGCAACAGCCCUGAGUAUGAUGUCUUUGAGGACAGCAGCAGCAGCAGUGGUGAGAGCAGCCUCCUCCUGGAGGAAGAGGAAGAGAGGGAGGAGGAGGACAACGACGCAGCGGACUCGGGGGUCAGCCCCCCUUGCUCUGACCACUGCCCCUACCAGAGCCCACCCAGCAAGGCCAGUUGGCAGCUCUGUUCCUGCGGCCACUCCGGCUCUGGCUCCUCAUCCUGCCGCUCCUGGUCACCAGCUCCCCGAAGGGACUUCAGAUGUGAGAGCAGAGGUCCAUGUGCAGACGGAACCCCAAGUGUCCGGUGUGCCAGGAAGCAGCAGGAAAAGGCCAUUGGUGAAGGCCGAGUCGUGUAUGUUCAAAAUCUCUCCAGCGACAUGAGCUCCUGGGAGCUAAAGAAGCGCUUUGAGGUGUUUGGCGAGAUCGUAGAGUGCCGGGUGCUGACGAGAAGUAAGAGAGGCGAGAAGCAUGGCUUCAUCACCUACCGGUGUUCUGAGCAUGCGGCCCUGUCCCUGCAGAAUGGCACCACCCUGAGGAAGCGCAACGAGCCCUCCUUCCGGCUGAGCUCGGGCAGGCUCCGGCACUCCUGCUGGCCCCAACACACCGACUGCGACGGCAAUCCAGAGGAGGCCCUUCCUGCAUCUGGGAAAAGCAAGUACGAAGCCAUGGAUUUUGACAGCUUGCUGAAAGAGGCCCAGGAGAGCCUACACUGAUAACAGCCUUAACCUCCGAGGAAUACCUCAAUACCUCAGACAAGGCCCUUCCUAUAUGUUUACGUUUUCAAAGAAAGAAGUAGAUGAGAAAGAGCGAGCGAGCGAGCGAGCGUGGGAGAACACGUGAGAGAGACUUGAAACUACUGUCCUUUUAAAAAAAAAAUCGAUGUUUACAUUGCACAAAGCUGCUUCUGUCUGUGAGUUUCCAUGAUGUCGAUGUUCUACUGCCACAUUAGGGUCCUCGCUUCCAAAGGGUCGUCCUGGGUACGCCUCGAAGUGCGGGGUCAGUCACCCACUGCUCCCCCGCCCGACUGACUUCCUCUCGUAGACUUGCAGCCUUUUCGUCAUAACAUCUCCUGUCUGUAGUGUGUGAUGAUGAAACUGUCACUUGUGAAUAGAAUCAGGAUUAUCAACUCAUUUUUAACCGAACAAAAAAAGUAUAUCCUUAAAAUAACGUAUCUAUGGCUCAGAUGUACUGUGCCCCAGAUUAUUGUAUCGCUUCCUUGAUUUUUAACUAUGCACAGUCACGAGGUGUUUGCCAUUGAGCUGAGCUGCUCCCCUGCGAGAUGGCCCUGGAGGUGCUGGGGGUGCCGGGAGGCUGGUCCCCGGGAAAGCACAGCCUGCAGCCCCAACAACUAGGAACAGUGGAGAGAUGGGCCUUUUCUGCCAAGUCCUGCCAUGACUUAUUUGGAGCAAGUUUGGGUCUAGUUACAGCCCCAUCUGUCAGUGCUCAGAUCUUGUGUGAAGCCAGGAUGAGCCACAUUAUUUUCAUUUUCCAGGGGAAGCCUCAGGGCCGUGCAGGGCAAAAUGACCUGCCGUGUUCAAGGCCAUUAAGAAGGCAGAGCGGUGACUCAGCCCAGGCCUUCUUCUCCUGGUCACUCCUGCAGUAGCUGGGGUGAAGAUGCCAUGCUCUGGGACUGGCGGAGGUGUGUUAGGCUGCCUUGGGCACCAGACUAGAAGCCAAAGGCCUCAUCUGGGAGAUCAAUUGGCUGUGGACUCAUGAGCACUAGGCAAGUCCCAGUCCCAGCGUGAUCAGCAGGAUCAGCUUUGAUCCUGAGUGAACACAGCUUCAGGACUCUGAAGUGUCUCUGCAGUGGUCCGGAUGGACCUACUGGUCUAAGAGCGGUCAUCCUGUGGGGGCCAGCUACCAGCCCGUCCUGCUACUUCACCUUGGCCUCAUCUGUGAUGCAGUUUUGAUGGCUAGGGCAGG